AUGCCAAGCAUUUCAAGCUCAGUAGAAACCGCUUCGUCGGCGACGGGAGCCGCAGGCGAUAUAGCCGGUUCCGAACUUUCCCCUACUGUCAAGAUCCUCCUCAUCUCUAUCUGCGGUUUCCUAGCAUUCGGCGCGAUCGUGUACGGCAUCGUCAAGUGGAGCGCCAGCCAGAAUAAGGGCGUAUACGACGAGAAGCAUCACAGUGCCAGUCUCUAUGACACGUUGAAGCAGAAUCGGGCGGAGAGAGAUUCAAGAUAUCACAUGGCCCGCAUGCUUGAGGAGAGCGGUCGCGGCUAUCAUGCCGCACAAAGGGAGCCUGUCGAGAUGGACGCGUCCGAGAUUCGACGAUCUUCCGAGAGGAGCAGGCGUGUGAGCGAGACUCCAUCUAUUAUAUCAUCAUCUGCCCAGCGACACUCUCGACGAGGAUCGAGACAAGGACUGCUUGCUGCAGUCGAGGAUUCGUCGAACCAGCCAUCACCUCCGGCAAUGGUGGACCUGCAGAGACCAUCGCCAGCGUGGAGAGCACCCGACGAACGAGAAGAUCGACGCCGGUCAUCCGACUUCAGAAGCUUUUGA